UGCCCCUGAGCACCUCACCCAGCUCUCUCCUGCCCCAGGGAGCCAUGGCCGAGAAGAUCCUGGUGACCGGCGGCGCUGGCUACAUCGGCAGCCACUGCGUGCUGGAGCUGCUGCAGGCUGGCUACGUCCCCGUGGUCAUAGACAACUUCCACAACGCCAUCCGAGGGGCAGAUGCGCUCCCCGAGAGCCUGCGGCGGGUGCAGCAGAUCGCGCGGCAGCCGGUCCUCUUCCAGGAGCUGGAUAUCACUGACGAGGCAGCGCUGCAGGAGCUCUUCAGCAAGCACUGCUUCUCAGCCGUGAUGCACUUUGCAGGGCUGAAGGCCGUGGGGGAGUCUGUGCAGAAGCCCCUGGAGUACUACAGGGUGAACCUCACCGGCACCAUCCGGCUGCUGGAGACCAUGCAAGCCCACGGCGUGAGGAACAUUGUCUUCAGCAGCUCUGCCACCGUCUAUGGGGACCCCAAGUACCUGCCCCUGGAUGAGAACCACCCGGUGGGAGGCUGCACCAACCCCUACGGCAAAUCCAAGUACUUCAUCGAGGAGAUGAUUCGAGACCUCUGCAGAGCAGAGAGGGACUGGAACGCUGUCCUCCUGCGCUACUUCAACCCCAUCGGCGCCCACGAGUCAGGCAUGAUCGGGGAGGAUCCUCAGGGGAUCCCAAACAACCUCAUGCCCUACGUGGCACAGGUGGCCGUGGGGCGCCGGCAGUUCCUGAGCGUGUUCGGCAACGACUACAAGACAGAGGACGGAACAGGUGUCAGGGAUUACAUCCAUGUGGUGGAUUUGGCCAAGGGCCACAUCGCUGCGCUGAGGAAGCUGAAGGAGAACUGUGGCUGCAAGAUCUACAACCUGGGCACAGGCACUGGCUACUCUGUCCUGCAGAUGGUCCAGGCCAUGGAGAAAGCCUCAGGAAGGGAGAUCAAGUACAAGGUCGUGGGCCGGCGGGAGGGGGAUGUGGCCUCCUGCUACGCCGACCCCGCGCUGGCCGAGCGGGAGCUGGGCUGGAAAGCUGCCUGUGGCCUGGACAAGAUGUGCGAGGACCUGUGGCGGUGGCAGCUGCAGAACCCUACUGGCUUCAGCAAGAACUGAGCCAGGGCCUGGGGGCUUGCCUGGCUACCUGGGGGCUGCUCCAGACCACCUCUGCCUCCCCUCAUGGCCCCAGGGAGGUUGUGAGCAGCCUGGCUGCAGCUCCCUGCCCCCUACAUGGGGCAGAAAGGCAGAAGCCUCCCCAGCCUCUCCUCAUCCCCCCUGAUCCUUUGCAUUACACAGAGCAGAAAGAGAAGGAAGAGCAGAGCCAGGGCCCAGCUGUGGCACCCAGGGGUGAAC